AGAGGGAGAGGGUCAGGAGUUAUAAAGGAUGGGGAUUGGUGAAGACAGCUUCACUGGCAACAUGAUGAAGAUUCUUCUGCUUCUAGGAUUUGUGGCAGUGGCCCUGGCUGAGGUGACGCGUUUCGAUGGGGAGAAAGUGUUCCGUCUGAAGCCUGUCCUUGAUGAUCAUGUUCUCCUUAUCAAGGAGCUGGCCAACAGCAUGGAGGUGGACUUCUGGAGUCCUGAGAGUGCUGACCUGGUGACCAUAGAUAUUGACGUGGAUCUCCAUGUUCCUGCUGCCCACACUGACAUGGUCUACACCAUUCUGCAGCAGAGUGGCAUGGAGACUGGAGUCCUGAUUGAGGACCUACAGGCUCAGAUGGAAGAGCAGCUGGACAACAGAACCCCAGACCCCAGAGUACACAGCUACACCAAAUACAACAGUUGGGACAAAAUCCAGGCAUGGAUCUCCUCCAUCUCCUCCUCAAACCCCGACCUGAUCAGCCGUCAGGUGAUCGGAAACACCUACGAGGGACGUCCCAUGAACGUUCUCAAGAUCGGUAAGAAGUCCAGCUCCACCAAGCCCUCUAUCUUCUUGGACUGUGGUAUUCACGCCAGGGAGUGGAUUUCCACCGCUUUCUGCCAGUGGUUCGUCAAAGAGGCUCUGUCCACCUACGGUAGUGACUCUGAGAUGACCGGCCUGCUAAACCAGAUGGAUGUCUAUGUUCUGCCCGUCUUCAACAUCGACGGAUACGACUUCACCCACAAUAGCAACAGGAUGUGGAGAAAGACUCGCUCCAGGAUGUCUAGUUCCAGCUGCAUCGGUGCUGAUCCCAACAGAAACUGGAACGCUGGAUGGUGCACCACUGGGGCCUCCUCCAACCCAUGCAGCGACACAUUCUGUGGCUCCUCACCCGAAUCUGAGAUCGAGGUGAAGAACGUUGCUGACUUCAUCCGUAGGAACAAGUCGUCCAUCAAGGCCUACCUCACCAUCCACUCCUACUCUCAGCUGCUGCUCUUCCCCUACUCCUACACCUUUGAGCUGGCGGAGCAUCACAGCGAGCUGAUGACUGUUGCUGAGGGAGCUUCCAAGGCUCUCCGUAGUCUGCAUGGAACCCAGUACACCAGCGGCCCAGGAGCUGCUACCAUUUACCCUGCUGCCGGUGGCUCUGACGACUGGGCCUACGACCUGGGGGUGAAGUACUCCUACACGUUCGAGCUACGUGACACCGGGCGUUACGGCUUCCUGUUGCCCGAAUCUCAGAUCAAGCCCACCUGUGAGGAGACCAUGCUGGCCGUCAAGUACAUCACCAGCCACGUGCAGAAGAACCUGUACUAGAGGGAACCACGCAGAACCCCUCCACUGCCCAGCAGGGCCACCAGUUAUGUUUUCUCCUUGACAACAAACAAUAAAACCAGCAACAUGUUUAAUCUCACAA